AUGAAUAACAAUAACAACAAUAUCAAGUCUUAUUAUAGUGUUGGUGUCUCAUCACCAAUUCCACAGCAUCUUCAACAAGAACAGAUGCAUAACAGUUCACCAAUGUUGUCAUCUCCACUGAUACAACAACAACAAGCACAACAUGCAAUGUCAUCAUCACCUUAUAUGAAUGGCAAUGUACUACAACAGCAACAAGUACAACAACAAGCGCAACAACAACAACAACAAGUUCAACAGGUACAACAAGUACAACAACAAUUAUACGAGUUCAACAAUGUUAAAGACUUUAGGAUUAUGUUGAACAAGUAUAUUGAGACGACAUCAAUGCAUCAUGAUUGGCCAGUAUUCCUUAGUAAGAUCUAUGGUCAAGAUCCCAAGGGUAUCAUUCGAAUCUGUACCGAAGAGGAGAUACCCGCCUUACUCUCUCAACUAUCUACACAAUCCGAGUGUUUCCGUUUCCUCCUCACUCACUUCUCCAACAACCAGAACCUUUAUCUAUUCCCAAUGGAUAGAGUACCCCCAUUGCCACAACUGUCUGCCAUGCUGUGUGACGUUGAUAAGAACAACAAACGAUCAAUUACCAUCAACAUCUUCCAACUCUAUUUCUUUGCCUUUGGAUUGUUUGGUGACUACUGGAGUCAGAACCCAAGUAUAAGAUCAGUAUUGGGUGUACCAACGUAUAGUUACACUGGCAGACCUGUAUCACCAACGUCAAGAAGAUCACCAGAGCGACAGAAGGCUAUAUACGCUCGUCUGCUCAAUGAUUACCUGCAUCACUUCUUGCCACUGGAUCCCAAGCACAUCAAGCAGCAUUUCAAUCAAUCACAGACACUCUCAUUCCUAAGCAUCAUCUCUGAGUGCUAUCUUGGUCACAAUCUAACCAAUCUAACAAUAAGCAAGAUCACUCCAGAGUUCCAACCUUUGUUCACAUCAUAUAAGCGACCGAGUGUAUUCUACACUGAUAUGUCUUAUAUACUUCUGACUCACUUCCAGGAGUUCACAAGAUGUCAGCCACAGUUAAUGUUUGUUAGCCAGCUCGCAGACUCACUGAGAUAUCCACUGUUCAAUUGUUUGGUGUCAUUCUUUGAGCGAUUCGAUCCGAAUGACUCUGAACUGCCACUGGAACAAACAAUCAGAUUGUGGAUGACCUAUCUGACACCCUGGCGAUCAUCCCGAGCAAAGCGACCAAAGACCACAUCAAUGUUACUGCUCAGCAGUAAUGAUCCAGGCGAGCCUAUAUCCGAGCAGUACAUAACGGACAACUACUACUUCUAUUCAUAUAUAUUCUCAUUCUUCAUUGUCCGAUCAUUGUUGUCAUUCGACUUCUCACUGGACACCCACUUCAAGACAUUCCUCAAGGUAAUGGAUGUCAUUCUACAUCCUGAAACAUUGGCAUGUCUGCAUCACAUCAACAAGCAUGAUUGUUACCUAAUGAGUGGUGGCAACAGCAACAACAAGCAAAGUGGAAGCGGUGAUGCAUUGUCCAACGAAGUACUCCACAACUUGGAAUUACAGUUGAUUGCAUUUGGAAUCAAGGAGAAUCAGGAGAGAUCAAUGUUCUCUGAUCAGAUGUCAAACAAUGUUCAAUGUCUAUUGAGGGAUUUGUUGAAGAAGCCAAUCAAUCCAAAGACAAAGGAGAUCAUUGCCAGCAAGUUGAUGACACUUUACGAGGACAUCACAGUGUCUGAUGUGUUGGAGGCCAACAUGGACUCAUCAUCGUCGAGACGCAUCCCAUUCACCAUUGGAUCAUCGUCCGUGCAGAAUAGUGGAGGACUAAGAGAGAGACAGGACCAAAUCCUUGCCUCACUCUCACCAAACAGGAGUGAGAAUGGCAGUCUGACCAGUGUUGGCCGUCGCCAGAUCUAUGACGGCACGCGAUCAUGCACGGUGUACGACACUUACAAGUACCCGCUGGACUAUGAGCGCUUCCCACUGACUUCCAACGAGAUCGCCGUGCCCAUCAAGCUUGUCUACCGCCUGACUGACAAAUCAUCCACUCGUCUGAUGGCCAGACGUGUGUUUAGGAAGGACCGGAUGCUCUGGCUGUCCAUCUUCCUCGCAGUGCUCUGGCUAGCAAUCACCGUCAUAAUAUGGAUCAAUAAAUAA